CAUUCAACUGUUAAGCACCUCCCCGUCUCUCUAAAGGACAUUAUAAUGCAAGAAGCCCCCUUUUUAACCACAAACCGAAUUUUCUUUCAUUUAGGUGAUCUAUAUAUAUCUAUAUCGUAUAGCUUAUAGCUUAUAUCUAUUUUAAAUAACUUAAAGCCGCUAAAAUUUGGGGGGGAACAGCUUUCGCCCUGGAGCGGUGCGCGAUGCUGUCUCACGCCGACCUCCUGGACGCCAGGCUAGGUAUGAAAGAUGCCGCCGAGCUUCUGGGCCACCGGGAGGCGGUGAAGUGUAGGCUGGGCGUGGGGAGCUCCGACCCCGGGGGCCAUCCAGGGGACCUGGCGCCCAACUCCGACCCAGUGGAGGGAGCCACUCUGCUGCCCGGGGAGGACAUCACCACAGUGGGCUCUACUCCAGCCUCGCUGGCAGUGAGCGCCAAAGACCCGGACAAGCAGCCCGGGCCUCAGGGCGGCCCGAACCCCAGUCAAGCCGGCCAGCAGCAGGGCCAACAGAAGCAGAAGCGCCACCGGACGCGCUUCACCCCCGCACAGCUCAACGAGUUGGAGAGGAGCUUCGCCAAGACUCACUACCCCGACAUCUUCAUGCGUGAGGAGCUGGCGCUGCGUAUCGGGCUGACGGAGUCCCGAGUACAGGUCUGGUUCCAGAACCGGCGAGCCAAGUGGAAGAAGCGCAAGAAGACGACCAACGUGUUCCGCGCGCCCGGCACGCUGCUGCCCACGCCAGGCCUGCCUCAGUUUCCUUCGGCUGCCGCCGCCGCCGCCGCCGCCAUGGGCGACAGCCUGUGCUCUUUCCACGCCAACGACACCCGCUGGGCGGCGGCCGCCAUGCCGGGCGUGUCGCAGCUGCCGCUGCCGCCGGCGCUGGGCAGGCAACAGGCCAUGGCGCAGUCGCUGUCCCAGUGCAGCCUGGCUGCCGGGCCGCCGCCCAACUCCAUGGGCCUGUCCAACAGCCUGGCGGGUUCCAACGGUGCGGGGCUGCAGUCGCACCUCUACCAGCCCGCCUUCCCCGGCAUGGUGCCCGCCUCCCUCCCCGGUCCCAGCAACGUCUCCGGUUCGCCCCAGCUCUGCAGCUCCCCGGACAGCAGCGACGUGUGGCGGGGCACGAGCAUCGCCUCCCUCCGCCGCAAGGCGCUAGAGCACACAGUCUCUAUGAGCUUCACUUAAUGCAGCCGCGCUCCGGCCCGCUCCGCCCCCAGCACCGCCCCCGGGGCCGCCCCGAGGCCCUUCCGGCGCGCGCCCGGACCCCGGCGCUCUGCCCUGUCCCGCCCCUGUUUUCCGCCCUGUCUCGUUUAGUCCUCGCCCCUCUCCUACACUCGCUCGGGCUCACCCCUAGCCCCAGCCCGCGAGGCCUCCCCUCCGCCUGGUUUCGCUCGCCCGCGGUCCCUGGUCUCCCGGCCGCCCCUCUUCCCUCCCCACCCAGGUGCCCCCUAGGCCCGGUCUCCAGCGCCUCAGCCCACCCUUCCCGCCAUCCCGGACUCCCCGCUCGCGCUGGACGUGCUCGUGCCCUUCUCCCGGCCUUCUGCCUGGCGGCGUUCCCACCCACACCUUCGACGCGACGCCUACCACCCCCCUCGCCAGCCGCCUCCUCUCCGUUCCCACACUUUGCGCCCUCCUCCCGCGCCCGGCAAAAGCAUCCUUCCCGCCAUUUUACAUACCAGGGAGUCGACUCAGGAUCUGAAAUCAGACACCAAUGGACUGGUUUGUGGGCAGAAACACACACACUCGCACUCGCUCACGCUCAGACGCUACACACACACGCGCACAGACACCUAGGUCACACACGGACGUGUUCAAGGGACAGCACAAUGUUAGGGAUUUUUGUCUUAAAGGAGGACAAGCAUCUGCUACCAACCGCCUCAUCUGAGGGCCCAACUGCUAUACUUUGAUUUGUCCUUGUACUCUUCGAGCUCCUUUCUUUCCUUUCCCACCACCCUACCCUUGCCCAGUCCACCCGGUCACAUCCGUGGAGCCCUCUCUUGGCUUGCAAGAGAACGCUUUUAUUUUUAUUUUAUCUGAUUUUUAUUUUCUUACGCACAAUUGUGUGAGGGUGUAGAAGGGAAGGCUUCUCCGGAGGAACGCGACAGUGGAUUGGGUGGCUGGAGUAGACUAAAACAGUCAUGUGACGAGGGAGAGGUGAUCUGACCCAUUUUGAUAGGUCUUUAUAAGGAGGAAUAAAAUAAACAUGUAAGCAGAAUUUUCUUUUGUAAAAGCAAAAGUCACAUCUCUUUUCUGGAUCCUUCAGGACUGGGGUUUGUUUGCUUCCUUUUCGGUUUCUCUCUUCUCGCUGCUCUGUGCCCUUGGUUGUUUUGUGGUGGUCCUGUCGUCCCUCGUGCCCCUCGGCCACCUGCCGGCCGCCGAUGGAGGCACUCGGACAUCUACAACCCUGCAACUUUGUACAGAGAAACACAAUCAGCUCUUUCUGCAUGUGCUGGUCAAAUCCAAACCCAGAGAACAGAAGCGCUUUCUAAGAAUGAACAAAUAUGUGAAAUAGGAUGUUUUGUGUAGAUAAAGCAUUCUUGUUACAUACUGGUCAAUUUGUGAUAUGUUUUAACUGAAUGUCUGUGUUUAUUUAUGGAAUUCGGUUUUCUUAAUAAAUGUUUGAGCUAAUAUAAAGCAUAUUAUUUGACUUUUCCGGACAAGUUUAUAUCAAGUUAAAUGUAAAUCGAUAAAAUAAAAUCAUUUUCAGUAUGUGA